AUGGAUGCAACGUAUAACAAGGUAAACCCUGUGAGCUUGGGCCAAAAUAGAAAGAAUAGAGAUGCAAAGAAACGGAAGAAGGAGAGCACAGUGUCUAAAGGCGGAAAGAUUCCUAUGCCUCCUGCUUUCCCCCCACCAAGUGCGCCUCCAGUGCCACCUCCUUCACAAUUCCUACCAUCGCAACUUCCGGGCGUAUUGGCCCCAAGCGGAGCAGGUAUUUCGUCUUUUCAAGAGCCCUUACAGCCCUGGAAAAGUAACAUGGAAGGUUCUCUCCCGAACAAUGGUUUACCAGGUGUACCUACAAUGAGUCCUUUUUUCUUCAAUAACGGUAUGAACUUUCACCCAAAUGAUAGUGGGCUGCCUGUAGUACCGAAACCGGAAAAAUCAGGAACAAUCUCACCUAAUCCGAGCUUCUUCCCUUACUUGAACAAUACUAGCAGCAUGCCACAAACAGGCCUUCAUGGUGUAUGGAAUGGACUGAAUCAGGCAACUCGAUCAACUCCUAAAUCAUCACUUGGUAAUGAUGGAAGAAAGAGAAAGAGUAGUAAAACGAAGAAUCACAGAAUGAUUAAUGUCGAGACCAAUUCAAUGUCCUCCGUAGAAGAGAUAGAAAGAAGAAGGAAAAGAGCAGAGAGAUUCAAUAGCUCUCAGAAUAGUAGAAGCUCCACCGCCUUGGACGAUGAGGAGAAUUUUGCAAAUUUAAACGCCAUCAGCACAAAGUCUCAUAAAUACGACAAGAACAAGCGCAUUGUGGGCCGUUGUCAAUCGUUGGAAAAAUCUUAUCUCAGAUUGACAUCAGAGCCGAACCCCGACUUGGUACGGCCACUAAACGUCUUGAAGAAGACCUACAGCAUGCUCAUGAAAAAGCAUCAAAAGCGGCAAGCGAGUUACCAGUAUCUAUGUGACCAAUUCAAAUCGAUGAGACAAGAUUUGAGAGUCCAGAUGAUCGAGAAUCAGUUUGCUGUGAAAGUUUACGAGUCCCAUGCUCGAAUAGCUUUGGAAAAUGGUGAUAUAGGAGAGUUUAAUCAAUGUCAAAGUAGAUUGAUAACAUUGUUUGAACUUCCUAGUAUCAAACCAUCAUGUCUUGAAGAAUUCACAAGCUAUAGAGUGCUAUAUUACAUGUUAACGGAAGAUAAUGGCUCCAUCAACACGCUGAGGCUAAAAUUGAUGACGGAGAACCAAGCAGUCUUCAACAACGCUCUAGUUCAAACAGCCUUCACGCUAGCACACGCACGGUUAAUGGGUAAUUACCAUCAAUUCAUGAGGAUGUACUCUGCAAUGAAAAGUCUUGGUAAAAAAUUGGUUGAUGCUUUUAUCGAAAAAGAGAAAUUGAAGUCCCUCGUAGUAAUCUGUAAAAGUUACAAUCAAAUCAAUUUGGACUUCUUGAUUAAAGAACUACAAUUCAAAGAUGGCGGGGAGAUGACGGAGUUUUUCAGGCGUACAAACAUUCAGAAAUAUGUUAUCAUAAAGAACCCUGGUGAAACUAACGAAUUUCAGUACCUAGAUACAAGAGCGUGUCGCCUUCCUAUUCUCCAACAAUAUUUUCAUUCGAAAAAGAUAGAUAUCAAAGGCCAGCAAUAA